AUGUGUAAGUCCGAAACUUACGUGCUGGACGCCAGCUUCAAUCCCGAAGAGUUUGUGGAGGAUAUCAAGAAGGCAAAGGCUGCCGUGGGAGAAGCUACCCACGAGGAUGCGCAGCACUUGCAACGCUUGGUCUUCAUUUCUCAAGUCCUUCUCUACGGCGGACAUGUCCUGCUGCUGACCGGUGCAGCGCUGCCGUUCGGCGCGACAGCGCUGCUGAGUCUCAGCGCAGGUGCCUUGAUGAUCGCCUACGCGAGGUGCAUGAAAUGGGCCAUCAUUGGACACCACGUGUCACAUGGAGGCUAUGACAGCUUGCAGAAGAACCAUCCGGAUGCCCUGCCCAAGCAUUACAAGCGAGGAGUUUUUGCCAUUGGCUUCCGCAGGUUCUUCGAUUGGUUGGAUUGGAUGUUGCCCCAGGCUUGGGAUGUGGAGCAUAACAAGGCCCACCACUACUACCUCUCAGAGGAGAAGGAUCCAGACCUCGUUGAGCACAACUUCGAACUGCUCCGUGCCAUGCCUCUGCCGAAAGCGUUGAAGUACGCCUCGAUGGCGCUUUGGGUCUUCACGUGGAAGUUCACCUACUAUUCACCCAAUACCUACAAGGAGUUGGCGCUGUCCAAAAAGGACAGCUGGUUGGCCCGCAAUUGGCCUAGCUGGUCCAAGAAAACGGAUCCCGUGGUGGUCUUCGACGCCCUGCGGAUGCCGGUAGAGGCCUUGUGGAAGGGGAAACCGAAGGAUGCCCUCUUCUGGACCGUUUUUUUCGCGGAGUGGAGUCUUGCAAUUUUACCCAUGCUCAUUUCUGUGGCGCUCCCUGCUGUGUGGCCGCUCCUCUUGGGCCACUUUGGGCUUUGGUUUGGCGCCAGCAGAGCGACAGAGGCGGCCGUGCGUGCUCUGGUGACAGCGGUGGUGGCAGAUAUGUUUUCCAACGCCCAUGCCUUUGUCAUCAUCGCAUGCAACCAUUCGGGCGGCGAUCUCUACCGCUACUCCACCUCGUGCAAAGCAUACUCUGCGGAGUUUUUGCUCCGUUGUGCCUAUUCCUCCGCCAACUUCGAGUGUGGUAAUGAUUUGGUGGACAUCACCUAUGGCUGGCUGAACUACCAGAUUGAACACCACAUGUUCCCAGACAUGACUCCUUUGCAGUACCGCAAGUUUCAGCCGCUUGUGAAGAGCAUCUGCAAGAAGCAUGGUGUGAUGUAUGUCCAGCAGAAUGCCCUGAAACGCACUUGGAUGAUGUUUCAGGUGGCUGUUGGUGAUGCAGAAAUGAAACGCUGCACUGCUUUAGUUCCUCCGUCAGCGUACAAGUCUCCUGUGGAAAGUUCCACCGUCGUCAUGGGCGUCUCUGGUCCUGUUCCAAAACGACCCGUGCAGGACGCUUCCGCGUUUCCACAGCGUCCAGAUCGUCCUCCUCCACCGCCCAAAAAGGCGGCCACCGGUGGAAUUUCGCAGCGGCCAUCUUUGCGGGAGAUCAACAGAAGCAUCCUCCAGCGCAAAAGAACGAAGUUUCGCCAUGGUGUUCAGAUGGCUCGCAUGGCUGUCACCGGUGGCUGCAAUCACGAUUCAGGACCACUGCUCUUGGACCUGCACAGUCGCGCGGUCAGCAACGUGUCGUUGGCGGAUGGGGCCAUGGCCUGUGAACGACCGGCUGGUUGGUGUGCCACUGCCAGCAUGUACAGUUUAGAGGACUGUAACCUCGAUGGUAUCAAGGAUCAGGUCUGUGACAACAGUCUGGCCUCAGCCACUGACAAGCGAAAGAGCAUUCGACUCAGCGGUGAGUGCAACACCUACGACAUUGGUAAGGUGGAUGUGCCAGACUGUGGUGCCAUCCGAGAGAAGAGGCGCAUGGCGGAUCACUUCAUUUACAUCACCAAAUCGGACCAUAAGGUCUAUAAGCAAGAGCUAUCGAAGAUGACCCUGAACAGUCCCUGGAUUGAAGCAGGUCAGGGGGCACUGGUGGCCCUGGUGGUGUACAAGGAUGGCUUCUUUGGUAUUGGCACGGAUCACAGGAUCUACCGUCAAAGCUUUGCCAUGCUGUCCACAUCCUCCGAGUGGAAGGUGGUGGGGAAAGGAAACCUGGUGGCGGGCGAUGCGGUGGAUGACACGUUCUAUGCCGUGGGCACUGACGGCCUGAUCUAUUCCCAGAAGAUCAGUACCAUGUCGCCUAAGACGGACUGGACACAGGUGGUGGGCAAAGCGCAUGAGCAUCACAUCGUAUCCAUUGCCAUUCACAAGGCUAGUGACACGAUGUAUGCUGUGACUGGAGAUGAUGGAAAGCUUUGGAAAAUGAUCCUGAGUGAUUUGGGCAGUGCUGAGUGGGCCAAUGUGCCGCAGAAUGGCGCCUGUUUCUACAUCUCCAUCCGAGGUCAAAAGUUGACCGCCUUAACUGCUACCUCAUCCUGGUCCCGCAUUUCCAGCGCGGGUGCUGAGUCGGUCUUGGUGCCAAAGAUGAAGAUGUGCCGCGGAACACUGUUGGAGAAGAAAGGAGAUGACAUUGCUUGUGACAGCAUCAAGGAUGACACCUGCGGCAACUUCUACGAGAAGGCGGGCCACACGGAUGUCUACUUCCAAUGCCAACGCAGUCGCGCCUCACCGGCCUCUGAAGUGAUGAGCUGCCUGGCACAGCAACACUGCCUGCUGGACCCAUAG